CCAUCGCCGUCGCCUCGCUCCAAUGACGGCGCCGUCCACCUCGACCCCCGUCGCUGGCGGUCUCGACGUCUCGCCACUGCGCGCUCUCGCUCUCCGCGCGCUCCUCUCCGCACUCGAUGCCAUCCCGGAGGGCAAGACGCUGCUCCUGGACGCCUCUCUCGCGGGUCCGUUGGGCCUCGUCGCCGACGUAGGCGCGCUGCGGCAACAUGGCGUGGAACGCAUGUUCUGGCUGGAGGAGCCCAAGGAAAAGGGCUCAAGCACGAAGGAACAGAUGGUCAGCGCGCCGACGAGAGCGGUCGUCUAUGUCUGCAGACCGGACGCGAAGUGGCUGAGGGUCGUCGCUGGCCACGUGGCGGCUGAUCGAGCAGCGUCCGGCAGUUCCCUGGCGCACACCUACCAUCUCCUUCUCUCGCCUCGCCGCACCGAGCUCUCGCUGCAUCUCCUCUCCACGCUCUCUUCCUCCUCUUCAACGCCGCUUCUCGCCGACGUGCAUCUGCACGACCUUCCGCUCGAGCUCAUCCCGCUCGAGUCGGACUUGCUCUCGCUCGAAGACCCGCGUGCGUGGAGCCGCAUCUGGCGAGAUGGAGAUUUGGGAGGGCUGCAUGAGACGGCGUUGGCUUGCAUGACGCUGCAGCAUCUGUGGGGAGCGUUUCCGAGGAUAGUGGGCAAGGGCGAUGCUGCGCAGCGGCUGGCGACCCUUAUGCUGCGUCAGCGAAGAGAAGCACUCGCGGCAGACCCGACGAACCCAGCGCUCACAAAUACCAGCUCCGUCGUCGACUGUCUCGUCGUGCUGGACCGCACCACAGAUCUAGCAACGCCGCUGUGCAGCCAGCUUACCUACGAAGGUCUCGUCGAUGAAUUUGUCGGCAUCAAGAGUGCCCACGUCGAGGUGGACGCAUCGUUGCUCAGCACUACGGCACCGGGCACUCCCGGCGCGGGGGGCAGUGGCGCCGCAGCGCCCUCGGGCAGCGGCACGCCCUUGCAAAUGACGUCUGCGCCCAAGCAGAAGAAGCAUCGUCUCGACGCCACCUCCGACGUCCUCUUCGGCGAGCUGCGCGAUCUCAACUUCAGCGUCGUCGGCGAGGCUCUCCAUCGCGCCGCGCAGCGUCUGACGGCGGAUUACGAGGGCCGACAUGCUGCACAGACGGUGGCUCAGAUGCGCGCUUUCGUUGGACGAUUGGGUGGACUACAAAGCCAUCAUGCGGGUCUACGUCUUCAUACAAGUCUCACGGAACGGCUCAUGGCCGCCACCACGACGGCAGAGUUCAACGCCUCGCUCGAGAUCCAACAGAACAUCGUUGCGGGCCUCGAGCUGCCUGCGCAACUGACGGCCAUCGAGAGUCUCGUGCACGCUGAAGCGCCAUUGCUCCUGGUGCUGCGACUGCUCUGCUUGCUCUCGGUCGUAGGCGGCGGCAUCAAGGCUAAAGCACUCGAGAGCAUGACGCGCGAAGUCCUGCAGACGUACGGAUAUGAGCAUCUACCUCUGCUUCUGGCGCUCAGCAAAGUGGGCCUCCUCUCUCGAGCGCCUGCGUCACUGCCUCGCGGCGCGCCAGUGUCCGGCUUUGCCGCAUCGCGCGCACCAUUGAAGCUGGUCAACGACGACGUCGACGAGAAGCAGCCGCGCGACAUCAGCUACGUCUUCUCCGGCUACGCGCCACUCUCGGUACGCCUCGUGCAAGCAGUGACGCAGAAGGAGGCGCUGCUUGAUACUGCGGGCGCCGGCACCAAGCGCAACGCGACGGCGCCUCUCCCGCGGGCUCAUGCGAUCGUGGGCUGGAAGGGAUUCGAGGAGGUACUGGCUGCGCUGCCGGGCGCUACAGUCGACGAGGAGCAGCGCUCCAGUACGACCGGCAGUAGCGGUAGUACCUCGGGAAGCGUUCGUGCGCAACCCGGCACGACAUCCAAGGCCGCUUCCGCUGCUGCCGCCGCAGCCGCCGCCUCCGCCUCCUCCUCCUUCACACCUCGUCUGCCACCUGCUUCCACCGCGACCGUCGCGCCAGGCGACGAGGCCAUCAGCACCACCAUCGUGCUCUUCCUCGGCGGCGUCACGUAUGCCGAGGUCGCCGCGCUGCGCUUCAUGUCGCGCCAGACGCGCACGCGGCGCUUCGUCAUUGCGACCACCAACAUGAUCAACGGCGACGAGCUGGUACGCUCUCUCGGACCCGAGCUUGGCAUCACAGCCAGUGCGGCGUCUUCGCCGGCGUUGCCUGCGGCGGCACCAGCGGCUGCGCAGACUGCUGCCACGUCGUGAGACUCUCUGCUCCUCUCCUUCGCUUCCAUGCGGCCUCAUUGCCGGGCCCCUUCCAUCUCCAUUCUUCCUGUCUCGCGCCCGCAUCAUUUGUAUACCACUCCCAUAUCAUCCAUUGCUCCGUUGUC